AGCAGCCACAAGUGCUCCUCACACACAGCAGUGACACACAGCUGCUCGCCUUCGUCAGCUGGAGAUUCUCUUCUCUCGACAGCACACAGACGCGCUCACACACAGACAGGCUCCUGCCGUCCUCCAUCAGCACCUCUGCUGUUCUCCUCCUGAGGGCUUUCUGCUGCCUCUCCUUUGGAAACGUCCGGAAACUCCACUCCACAUCUCUGAGACGGGACACAGAGCCACAGAGCCAUAGAGCCACAGCGCCAGCUUCAUACAAGCCGUGGGCCUGCAGGUAAAAAAACCAGGAUUGGGGGAACCAGCAGAUCCUGUGACUCUCCAGGACAAGGGUUGGGGGAACUCUUCAGUACCAGGACUGAAUAUUCACUCUAUAGAGGAAAAGGUAUCUUCUAAGAGCGGUGUGAGAGGUGAUGGGUGAUUGGAGUCUCCUGGGAAACUUCCUUGAAGAGGUGCAGGAACACUCGACUUCGGUGGGCAAGGUGUGGCUGACCGUCCUCUUCAUCUUCCGCAUCCUGGUCCUGGGCACGGCGGCGGAGUCCUCUUGGGGUGACGAGCAGUCGGACUUCAUGUGCGACACGGACCAGCCCGGCUGUGAGAACGUGUGCUACGACAGGGCCUUCCCCAUCGCCCACAUCCGAUACUGGGUCCUGCAGAUCGUGUUCGUCUCCACGCCCUCCCUCAUCUACAUGGGCCACGCCAUGCACAUACUACGGGCGGAGGAGAAGCGCAGGAGGAGGGAGCUGGAGGAUAAGGGCGGGGGUGAAGCCGGCGGCGGGGAGAAGGAGUACCUGGAGGGCAAGGAGGCUGGGAGGGGGGAGGACACAGGCAAGCUGCACCUGAAGGGGGCGCUGCUGAGGACCUACGUGCUGAGCAUCCUGAUCCGCACGGCCAUGGAGGUGACCUUCAUCGUGACGCAGUACAUGAUCUACGGAGUGUUCCUCAACCCGCUGUAUGUCUGCGUGGCCUGGCCCUGCCCCAACCCAGUCAACUGCUACAUGUCCCGCCCCACGGAGAAGAACGUAUUCAUCGUCUUCAUGCUGGUGGUGGCGGGCGUGUCCCUGUUCCUGAGUGUGGUGGAGCUCUACCACCUGGCCUGGAAGCAGUCAAGGCGAUGCUUUCGGGCCUACCUGGCCUCCCACUCUCGGCAGUCCAAGCCCGCCCCCAUGUCGGCCGUUGGCCGUGAGCCCGAGAGUCCCCUGCAGUCCUCCCGCACCCGCACGCCUCCCCCUGAUUUCGACCAGUGCCUGGUGACGGCGCUGCCCCGCUCUCACACUAGCCUCACCCACCCAAGCUGCCACCCGUUCAACAACAGGAUGGCUCACCAGCAAAACUCUGUGAACCUGGCAACUGAGCGCCACCACAGCCGUGACAACCUGGAGACGGUGGACUUCCUGAGGAUGAGCUACAUGCAGGAAGCCGAGGGGACUGGCACCUGCGCCCCGCCCCCAGCGCCGCCUCCAGCUCUAUCCCUGAGCAACGGCUUCUUCAAGGACAAGCGGCGCCUCAGCAAGACCAGCGGCUCCAGCAGCCGGGUGAGGACAGAUGACUUGGCUGUGUAGGAGAUCGAGAGGGAGCAGAAGUGGAAGGGAGAGGAAAAUGAAAAGUGGAAGAAAGAAAUUAUGAAUGGACAAAUCACACUGAAAAAGAGUGAGGGACAGGGAUAGGAUUGGAAGACUCUGAAAGAGAGAGAGCUGCAUUUCCUAAAAGACAAAAGAGAAGCAGGAGCCCCAUUGAUUUGGGGGCGGGGGGUGUAAGUAAGGCACUGACUGCUGCCAGUGAAGGCCAUCCAAAGCAGAGGGAGUGCAACUAUGUGGACAUCUGUCAUUUCAUCUUUAUUUAAAAAAAUAAUAAAUCAUACAGUUCAGUUGAAUAUUUUCAAUAUUUUUUCCAUUGACUUCAACAGAACAAAUUGUCAGGAGAAACAAUAAUUUUGCCUUCAGGGUCCUAGUCAUGUACCUUAACCAAACCACUUUUUCACCUCAUAAUUUUUGCACUAUUCACUACUAUUUAACACACAGGACAGUAAGGAAGAAUGCUUAUCAAUGCAAUGUCAAAUACAUCACCCGCCCAUUGUCUUCACCUCAUGUGCCUGAGGGGAGGCUAGCCUAU